GUGGCCGCGGUUCCUGCGGGAGCUGCUUUAGCUGCUUUAGCGCUGUUCAUGUGGAGAAGCAAAGCGGAGCGCUCGCAGCCGCAGCCGAGCGGGCGGAGCGGCCCCGGCCGGGCCCGGCGCUGCCGGGAGCUCCGUGAGGGAGCGCCGCCCCCGCCCGCCAUGGCCGCGCUGAGAGUUUGGUGUAUGUGAGAAGCUGCCAGAGGAAUCACUCUUAUUUUAAUUUCUGCUUCACCAGGUGUAACGACCACCCUGACAUUUCCCCAGCAGGAUAAGGAGCUGCACAGUCAGGAUCAGCACAGAAAUAGUGACUGAUGAACAGGAAUUUGGUGGUGGCUGCCACUCCAGGGCUCUGGAGUGUGACCCCCCCAGUCCUGGGGCACCCCACAGCCGAGAUGGUGGCCUUUAACUGGAAGGCUCUGGAGAACUUCCCACUGCUGAUGUACAUUUUGGCAGCUAAAACACUGAUCCUUUGCUUGGCCUUUGCUGGAGUCAAAAUGUACCAGAGCAAGAAAAUCGAGGAGAAACUGAAGAGGGAACGAGAAGAGAAGCUGAAAGCAGAAGCAGAGAAGAAGGAUGAGUGAAGAGUCCCUCAGGUGUGGAAUUGAUCCCAGUUCCUGGGCUUUGAGGAUGCCCUUGUUCCUCCCAGUGGGAUUGAUUUGGAAUGUGAAAUUGGAAUAUGAUGAGCUCUUGGAAUAUUUGGGACUCACUCUUUGUGGGUCUUGCAUGAACCACUGUCCUGUUUGAGGAUAUUUUAGCACAAUAUUCCCUCUCUGUUUUUAUCUCCCUGCAUUUCCAUGCCUGAUUCACAAAGAGGGGGGAUAAAUUUGGAAUAACUGCAGGGGAGCAGCCAGGCAGGAUGCUGCAAUCAGAACUCUGGGCCUCAAGGCACAAAAUAAAGAGAGAAAAUAAUCA